AUGGUUCUAUUCUAUUGUGAGAAUAUUUAAGAAUUGUUUUGUUUUUAGGGAUGAAUACCGAAAAUGUGUUUCGGCUGAGUACCAACAGUCCUCAACGGCACAUUCUCAGGCCGUCCAGAUCAGUUCGUAAGUCGGGGCGUGCAAAAAUUAAAUGUUAUAGCCUGCAAAGUCACUAGUAAAUCACUGAAAUUUAUUUUAUAAUGACACUUAAAACUGCGUGAAACUAUGAACGCCUAAGGCACUUUUCAUUUCCCACUUGUAAAUAAAGUUCACAGACGAAAAAAUGUUGUCAAAUCCCGUGAACCGCGAAGAAUUGGAAACCCGGGCGGCGUCCAAAGUCAAGCACGGUGCAAACAAAAACAAUCUCUUGAUUGUCAUCCAUAUAACACUAGACAUCUCCAUUCUCCCAAAUCCAAAUGAGUUAUUUUCGUGGGCCCGCCUUUUUAUUCUCUAUAUUUUUUGUUCGAAAACGGGACGGAAGUGAAACCAAUUGUGGCCAAGUUUUGUUUAUGAAACAGUGGCAUAAAGUGGUCCUUCAGAACCUUUUGGAGAUUUUCAUUAGGCUCUCCGCACGGUGCGGAGGGAAUUCCUUCGCGUUUUCGACGAAUUCAACCUCCGAUUAAUCGUAUUUUGGAUGGGGUAUGAAUAGCUAUGUAGACGAGUUCGAGACUAGAACACAGAAUCUUCCUUAGGCCAGUUUUUGGAUAUAUUCUUUAGAUCCACAUCAAGUGUAAUAAAAUAUUAUCCUUGAAAUCAAAUUUAUUACUAAUUGUCGGUUUUGGCAAGGGAAACGUUUAGUCAUGGAAGAAUAAUCUCUUUCAGAGAGAUAGUUUUUGAGGAACAAUUCGUUUUAAUGAUGACUAAAUAAAGAUUAAAGUAAUGACAUUUCAGGCCGAGAUCCGGAUUUUGUGGACCGAAGAGCCCUUGGAUCUUUGCUGGAGAUGAGUGGGACUGCCAGAAUCCUCGGUGAGUACUUGUAUUAUAAUUUAAUAACUUUUACGCACAUUUUUUUGCGAUUGGAUCAAGUGUAAUAUAUAUUUUUUAAUUCUAAAAAUAGUCUUUCGCAAAUAACUGAAUCAAGUUCAAAAAUCAUUCAUUUUUAACUUCUGUCCGACAAGAAUUAUGGCCAUAAACACCGGGAAAACUCGUAAAACCCUCAGGCGAAAUGCCCCAGAAACUUGGCACAUAUGCCCGUAAAUAUAAAAUACUCGGAACACAUGCUGAAUUCGAUAAAAUUAGCAUCAAAUGUGCGUCGGAAGGUCGUUAUGCCCGCAGGGGUUUAGAAGGUACGAAGUAAAAGUUCGACUUUCUGAGACUCCCCAAAUCCUCGGCUUUUUUUCGUUUUUUUUUGUUUUUUUCCAUUCAAAAAAUCCGGGUUCUGACACAUUUUUUUGCAUUUUCGAGUAAUUCCCCCCACCGACAUUCCGCUUUCUUCAACAACUUCAGUAAAUUAUUGCCCCCCUAGUGUUGAAUAUUGAUGACUUUUUCAUAAAGCUCAAAGUCAUGAUGUCAUCUCGAAGUCACCUGGCUUCAGGAAGUGGUCGUGGUGUUUGAGGGGAGCUAUGAAUUACUCCAUAGAUGGGCUUGUUUUCAACUUUAGGGGCGAAAAUUCGUGCACUAUGCGCUAAUCUUGGAUUUUUCCAAAAAACGGUUAUAAGGUGGCUAAACUUUGACUAUUCCCAAGUCGAAAUUAACAUUUUUUUCUAAUUUCAUCAUAGACCGAGAUUUUGCAUAAUUUACAGAUUUUGCGCACAGUGCGCCAUUUUUUUAUUUUUGAAAAAAACGUAUAUUACUAUACAUAGAGAUGACUUUCGCUAGGUAAAAAAUUAAAUAAAUUUAAUGUGUAAUCUUCUAAAAUACAAUUUUUUCCUGUUGAAUUAUCUUUUUCUCAUCAUUUCAACCAUUAAUUUUGGGAUUUUUGCGCCUCAUAAUUUUAAAAUUAUUUGACUUUAACCAAAUUUAGCCUUGUAGAACUUAUAACCCACUCCAAAUUGCAGGAAUUUUUUUUCCCAUACUAUAGUAGGUUACAUUUGCCACUAAUGAAUUCACAAAAGCAACAUAUCUGAACCUACUCCAAUAUGACUGAACCAAAUGAGCGGCGGGCCGCGGACUCUUGGGGGAAAUCCCUGAACGGCCCCAUGUUUAGGUGACAUUUAAUGCGUUUCUCGCGGCGCACUGCCACCCAAGUGUAAUUGUUUCACCAAUUUCCGUUCGCCCUUCCAAAAGUUUGUUUAUUCCGAAUCAUCUUUUUUGCAUUUUAUGGCCCCGCCCCUCUUCCUUGAUUUCUUAAUUCGUUUAAACCUAAUUUGUGGAAGAGCAUGGGCACGGGAAGAGCGGGGACAGAGCGGAGUUGGGGAAGAGUUCCGGCUGAAAUUUCGGGAAUCUUGAAUGACAGUCGCGACUGCAGAAAUCUCGUGCAAAUCUCGGUCCUAAAUGUUUUUUGAUGACUUUCUUUGUUUAUUUAAUAUUCUGGACAUGGCGGAGAUGCGGUUUCUGGCCAAAUUCUUGGGAAAAUUUGGGGUGCUUUUGAGUUUGAACUGAAAAUUGUUGAGGUUUUUGUUUUUGAAAUUUGAAUUUUUAAUAAUGUUUUGCUUACGAGGAAGUUCAAAAUUGUUUUUUAAGCGAAAAAUUUGUUUUUGCGGCUGCUGAAUUGCAAAAGAUGCUAAGUUAGAAAGCGAAUUUUCAAAAAAAAAAAAAAAAAAAAAAAAUCAAAUUUUCAAAAAAAUAUUUCAAAUUGACAUAGCAAACGUUAUUUUUGCAUAUAUUUCAAGCAAUCUCUCCUCUAUUAUUUGCGUAUUGACUACGAUGACAUCCACAAUAAUCGUGGUCACGUCCCUACUUUUGUUUACAACGCUUUUCCAACGGCUUUCACGUGCCCUGAGGCAAAGAAUAAAAAUUGUCUUUGACAAUUCUCUCCGGCGUCAAGCAAUUUUCGGCUCCAUAAAUUGUUCCUAAAAGAGUUCUGAGGGCUGUUCAUUAAGCCAAAAAGUAGGGUAAGACGAUUAAAUGCCCCAGGGCAAGAACAAAAGAUUAUUCCGCGGAGGGCCAGUGUUUGAACGCUGUAUAAAUAGAAUGACAGGCUGAUUACCGCAAAUUUCAGCCAGUAAAAUGUAAACAAAACGGUGAUUUUAGGGGUUUUGGCCUUGAAAUUGAAAAAUCUCGGUUUUAAUUUUUUUUUGACUGGUUUAAAUCAUGUCUAGAAAGUCAAGGCCAACGAAAAAUAACGAUAGGGUUUUAAAAGUUUUAUUGAAAAAUAACGAUACGUUUGUUACAGUAUUUCUCGCGUUAAAAAAUUUAUCCAAGCCAGAAAAUUUUGAUAUUUUCGGCGACUUUUAUCCCGAAGAUCAAAAAAACCUCAAUUUGGAAAAUAUUUUUUUAUACUUUUGAAUAGGAAAAAUAUUGUUUGUGUCAUCCUCCACGCACAAGAGCACUAUUUACUGCUUCUAUUUGCCGUGAUUCCUCAAUUUUCCCUCUCCAUUAUCCACUUACAUUCCACUUGUUUAUCCCAUUCUCCACGCCUCAAAAAAUUGGCGCAGCAAAAGAAGGGAAAUAUUUAAUUGUCCCAAGAAGAAUGCCUGAGGGCCCCGCUUAAAUUCUUGCUACAACGGCAGCGCCGGCCGAUAAUAAGAUAAAAAAAGAGGCGACGCCGCCUCUCGGGCGGAUUGAGUGUACAAUUUGAUUGGAAACUUGAACACCCCGGCCGAAUUUUGUUUGGAAACUUCCAAUCUGUUGUUGGAGUGUCAGUUCCCGGCGGCGUGGACUGGGACACACGUGGUUGGACUAAAAUAUUUUUGAUUUUCGGGUGUGGCCUAGUCUAAUAUCUAAUUCUGCAAGGUUUCAUUUUUUAUGCUGAAAAAUACGUGGCUAAUAUAAUUUAAGCUCAGAUUGCGUCAUAAUUCUGUCAUAUUUCCUAUGAACUCGUCCAAAAAUUAACUUUCUUGCACAACUUUAUUUAAUGAGCCGUUAAAUUAAAAUGCAAAAAACAAUAUGACGAAUGAGUUUAAAUUUCAUGAAUGGACAAAACCUAGAUCAUAGGCCGUUUAGAUGAGGCUCUACCAGUUCUUUUAUCCACCCGCUCUAAAUAUGAUUUAUUUUUUACUAUCUAUGUUUUAGGUGUAUAAAUUAAGGUUAAAUGUGCAAUUGCAUAUAUUUUCCCGAACUUUUUCUCUAAAUUAUAAAUCACAUUGUUGAUUCGAGUUAUUUAUUGUAUUUUUGCCUUUAGCGUGCAAGGCAACCAUAUUGUCGUCGGCCAUGUUGGCCCGGCGCAAAUCUUCGGCCGCCACCAGCAGUACGACCGCGGCCGAUCAGCCCAAAGCCUCCAACAUGGGGAAUGGACCGACUUCGGUGGUCACAUCACGUGUACAUCAGGCCAGAGAGAGUGUGGCGGUGUUGGCUGAGCUGCUGACCAUGGAUGCGAUCACAAGGAAGAGAAAAGCACCAGGUAAGGAGAGGUUCUUUAAAGGAACUUCCGGGUGAUGGGUAUACUUCAAUGUCCGUUUGUUACCUUUACGUAAGGCAGAAUAUUGACAUAAAUUAUCUUAUUAGGUUAGGUGAUAAGGGAAGUACUCGAAUUAAAAGUCCCUCUUCGAAUUUUGUGAAGGAAAUGCUUUUAAUUUUGCAACCGAAAGAGCGCAGACACGUUGGUUUUAACAUUUGCCGUAUCUUAUAAAUACCACCAAGAUACUGAGCAAUAGAUUUUUUUCGAUUCUCUCGAAAAAUUAGAAGAUACCUGAUGAUUUUUUUUGAAAUUUAUAGUGCGAAAUUUAUUACCCUCUCCUCUAAUUUUUAGUGGAUAAGCCUAGUAACAACCUCUUUUCAAGCUGCUGCCUGCAGACCGAGUUCUUGGGCCCAUUCUCUCGACCAAUAACUCAACCACUCAUAUCAGCGAAACCAUAAAAUAAUCUCGCGGAUAAACAGCUUGUUUCCUCCCUUUUGUUUGAUCCCAUUAUGCCCCAACUUUCCCAUGACUUUUCUUUGCAAUCUCGGGUCCCAAAAUAGAGUAGGCUCGGGCUGUGUGAAACGGGACCAUAACGGCGCUGAUGGGCUCAUUAAACGCGGGUUCCAUUAAAAUUCCAAACCCGGGCGUUCCUCAUAACCUCUCUUCUCGCCUCAGGUCAGACAGACUUUUUUGGUGCAGGAAAUUGAGUUUAUCCUCGGGUUAUGCUAAUUUCCGAGCUCUGUGGAGUUCCGUGAAGACUGGUAGAAAAAAAGUGUAACAUAAAUGCAAAAUUUGCCCUUCAAGUGUAAGAUAAGUGUGAAACUUGUCAAAUAAACUCGAUUUUAAGGCAAUUCCUUGUCGCUUUUCCCUCUCGCCGCAGGCGUUUUUUCCAAUUUUUUGAACUUUCCCGUCGUUUUUUAAUUUCCACACUUUUCGAAUGCCAAAAAUGCCAUUAAUGAAACUUGGUGAAGAACCCCGUCGGCCGGAUGGAUGGGCCGGUGAUGAUGUGGGCCACGGGCGCGCGUAAAUAUCUUGUUUAUGCGUCCGCCACGCCUCAGGGUCGGUGCACUCAAAGUCCUCGGGAAUUUACUCAAUUUGUCAGGGAAACUCGUUACGGCUCUUUCCGGGGCUGAAAACCCCUCAGGGCAGGAAUGUUGUGAAGAGUGGGCGAGAUUUUUUGGAGGACUGGGGUCAGAUUGCGCAUCCACGCCCCACUUUUUUUAUUAUUUCUCCAAACUUUGGGGGGUUUAAGGUCCCAAUCAGAGUCCUGGGCUUCACGGCCCAUCUCACCGGCCUCUUUUUCCCUCAAAUCUUUACACUCUGUAAUUUGAAAUCCCCCUUCCUUAUCAUGCCUUGUAGACGGAGUGGCUCCCCUUUUAUUUAACCUAGUGUUUUGCCCUUUUAUAGGAGGUAAAUUCAACUUUUACUCGUCCAUCAAGCAAGAUGUAUGGUUCCAGAAUUUUUUUUCAGAAUUUUUUAUUGCAAAAUAAAUUACGUCCGAAAAAUUAAAAAAGAAAAAACUUUUUAAAUACCCACCGAAAAAACCUUUGGUCCAGUUUAUUUUUGGCCCCUCCCUAAUUAGGCCCUGCGGUCAUGUCGCUAAUUAAGGCCGCUGUUGCAGAAUCGAUUGUGUUGAUGAGUGGAUUUGAGACGUUUCUCAAGUUGACAUGUCUCUUCUCCAUGAUCAGUGUUUGUGUGCACACACCCAAGACGAUAGAGCUGUUGCCCAGCUUGGAGUACGGGUUGUUGGUCGUCGAUGUGAUCAUCACGUUGUGCUUUACAUUCGAGACAUUGCUGAAGGUAAGUGGAAGAUUUUGAAACGGAACAAAAGUUGAAUUCUGGUUUCUUUGAAGAGUUAUAACAAUGCUCCAGGUGUCAUCAAAGUUUUAAUAUUCGAGUUAGACCCUGGAAAUCAUCGAAAUUUACAAAAAAUUCGAUGAUUUCUGCAAAUUGCGAGUCAAAAAAUGUGGAAUAUUUGGGUGGAGAUUUUAAUGAUUACUACUUUUUCAAAAUCCAAAGAUCAUAACUAAAUUAAUUUUUAAUUCAACUAUCCUCAUUUUUCAUAUAAAAAAAUCAUCUUUUUGCAGAUGAGCAAGUCGUACCUCCAAGACCGGUGGAGUCAGUUUGACCUGGCCUUGCUCAUCAUCCAUUAUCUCACCGUCUUCCUGCACAUUUAUGAGCUCGUAACUCGAGCCUUCCCGGGCCUGGGGCUGAUCUACAAGCCCUGGUAUGGGAUUCUUCGCUCGUUGCGGCCAUUUGUUAUGAUUCGACUAGUUAGGUUGUUAAUUAGAUUCAAAUUACCCAAGAAUCGGAUACAGCAAAUCAUAAAGUGAGUUUCCAAUUUCACUUUUAUUUUUCUAUGGAAGACGUGACUUUCCAAAAAAAUUUCUUUUGCAAUAUGCCUUUAUUACGACAUUUUUUUGAUGUAAUUGGAGUACGUACCAAAUUUUUUCUUCAAAAAAUUUUGGAGAAAAAUGAGUUUUGGCUUGGCGGAAAUGCGUACUUUACCUUUAUGACCAAAGAUUAAUCGAUUUUGUUCCUAAUUCACCUUGUUUUAGACGCUCAUCCCAGCAAAUUCAAAAUGUCACGAUAUUUUUUCUGUUCUUCAUGACAUUAUAUGCGAUAAUGGGUGUUCAAUUGUUUGGUCGUAUUGAGAAUCACUGUGUCUUGCCGACCACAAACCCUUUUAAUGUCUCCAUCACAGACCUGGCCAUCCCCGAUACAAUGUGUUCAUUCGCUGGCCGAGGUGGAUACGAAUGCCCUCCAAAUAUGGUCUGUAUGAGAUUGCAUUUCAAUGCGAAACAGACGGGGUUCUACGGAAUGUUCGAUGACUUUGGUAAGCGGAUUAAUUUUAUUUUAUAUUGUAAUAGCUUGCUUGAACUCUGAUAUGUUUUCUCUGGCCCUGUUUACGGGGCUAAUGCAAGGUUUUACCCAACGAGUUAAUAAAUAUUCGACUCAUCAUGUAUUUAAUUAAAACUACUGUUUUCAGGCGCCAGUUUAUUUACUGUUUAUCUGGCUGCCAGUCAAGAAGGCUGGGUAUACGUUCUCUACGACACAUUAGACACAUUCCCGUCUUAUAUGGCCUUUUUAUACUUCAUUACUUUGAUCUUCUUCAUGGCAUGGCUGGUCAAGAAUGUUUUCAUUGCUGUAAUCACCGAAACUUUUGCCGAGAUUCGAGUCCAGUUCAGCGAAAUGUGGCAAAACAAGGAGAUUAUUGAUGAUCAGAAUGUCCAUCACAUGGUAAGAACUAAAGAUAUUUUUGAAAUGGUUAUAUUGCAUUUGACGUCUGUUUUUUUUUCAGAAGCUCCAGAAGACCUCUGAAGGCUGGAAAUUGGUGGAGUGCGAUUCAGAAGUUGAGCUUUCGAAUGCUCCUAAAAUUCUGCAGAAAAUUGUGAGGUCGACUUCAUUUCAAAUUUGUGUAAUGGUCUUGGUUUUGAUUAAUGCUGCUAUUAAUGGAAGUUUUGUCCAUUAUCACGACAAAAGAGACGAUGAGAGGAAGAGGAUCUACUAUUUUAUUGAGGUAGGCACCAUUCAUUUGGCAGUGAAAGAAACUCAGCAAAAAAUGGAGUUUCGCUUUUUUGGGGUGAUUUUUUUACCCUACGUCAUCAAGUGUAACAUGACAAAUCAUCAGGAAAUUUAUUUAAUUUCAGACUGGCUUCACGGUUCUAUUCGAUAUUGAAUGCCUUGUAAAGAUCAUUGCAUAUGGAUUUACCCACUUUUUCAAACGAGGUCAACACAAAUUCGAGCUAGUUUUGUGUGUGGGAUCAACUCUAAAUGUAAUUCCAAUAUUGUACACGACCAAAAUCUUCACAUAUUUCCAAGUUUUUCGAUUGAUCCGGCUAAUCAAGGCAUCGCCGAUGCUAGAGGAUUUUUUAUACAAGGUACUUUUUAUUUAAAUUCGACAAUUUUCUUCGAUAAUUUAGCUGCUGAUAUCAAGUGUAAUAUAAUUUGAGUUUGAUUUUGCAGAUCUUUGGCCCAGGCAAGAAACUCGGAGGUUUAGUCGCGUUCACAAUGAUAAUGUUAAUUAUUUCGUCGGCCGUUUCUCUACAACUCUACUGUUUCGUUGAGAAUUUGGAUAAAUUCCAUACAUUCCCCCAGGCAUUUAUGACCAUGUUUCAAAUCAUGACUCAAGAAGGGUGGACAGAACUUGCAGUCGAGAUCUUGAGGAGUAUGAAUGAGAGCAUGGUCCCAUUUGUGGCGAUUUAUUUCGUGGGAUAUCACUUGUUCGUGACUUUGGUAAGAGGCUUGUUUAAUUUGAAGGGGAACUGAACUUAUUAUUAGAUUUUUUUGUGUUUUUUUUGAAAAAUGGAGUAUUUAGGUCACAAAAGAAGAAUGCCAAUUUUUGAUUCCGGAAAAAAUCGAUUUUUUUGGUUUCCUAAAAAAAUGAUGACUAAAAUUGCUUGUUAGCUAAAAUAAUAUUGAAAUGUUUUAGAUUGUCCUCAGUUUGUUCGUUGCCGUCAUCUUGGAUAACUUGGAAAUGGAUGAGGAAUUGAAAAAGAUCAAGCAGCUGAAAGCGAGGGAGGAAACAACCAUGAGAACCACCUUGCCUUGGAGGCUGAGGAUCUUCGAAAAGUUUCCGACAAGACCUCAAAUGGUUUCGCUGAGAAAAGUCUCCAACGAAUUCCCAAUGCCCAAGGUCCGCGACAGUUUUACAAGACAAUUUGCGGAUCCAAACAGCGAACCAUUCAUGUUGGAUACAGAUGGUGGGUGGUGUAAUGUAAUUUUGAUAAAAAUGGUUUUCUUUAACCUUUUUCAAUCUUGACUUUGUUUUAGGUUGCAUUGGAAAGGUCAAGAAGAUCCUCCCGGGCCAACCGUUUCUUCGGCGAGAUAUUUAUGACAUCAGAUUUCGUCAGAUUGGCCAGCUAUCCUCAAAAAGCAGCAUUGGCUAUUUAAUCGAGUAGGUUAUUCAUUUUAUUUUUCUUUAAAUUUUGCGCGCAUAAUCGAACUAGCCCUGAAUUUCCGUUUCUGAAAAUUUUAGCUCUGGCUUUGCAAGUAAUUCAAAUUUUCUCUUUCCAGAGAGUCCAAUAAGAACCGAGUUUUGCUCUCCGACUCCACUCAGUUCAUCGCCCAAAGACUGGGCCCAAGAAGAAGGGAAAACACAAUGUAAGCGGGCUUCACAAUGAACAAAGAGUGCCAAUUUACAGUAUCUGAAUGAAAUUUUUUCAGAAGGCAUCGAAAUCGAGGACUCAAUGGGACCAAUUCUCUGAAAGCAAAGGCUGUUUACGAGCAUUUCAAGGAGAACGGCGAUUGUAGGCCAACUGAUUCAGCGCCUAAGGACAAUCUGAAGCAAGGGGAGAUCGAUAUAAAGGCUUUGCAACAAAAAAGAGCGCAAGCCGAAUUUACAAGGAACAGGAUUGAAGAGGAAAUGAGGGAGAAUCAUCCGUUCUUCGAUCGACCGCUCUUUACUGUAAGGAUUUUGAAUUUUUGAGCGAGAAUUGCAAAAAAACUGAAAAAUAAGGACAAAAUCUUUGUGUUUGGUCAUAAUUUAAUAACAUUCAUCCCAAAAUUGAUCCUAUUUUUAGGUCGGAAGGGACUCCCGUCUUCGCCAAUGGUGUCAGAACAUGGUCUAUGCCAAAUACUCCCCAGAAAAGAUCGAUCCAAUCACUGGGAAGCCAAUCCAACUCAAAUAUAAACAAAUCCACUCCUUUUUUGGGCUGAUGACUUACCUGGACUGGGCGAUGGUUGUGGUCACGGGGCUCAGUUGUUGCUCGAUGUUGUUUGAAUCUCCUUGGCCAACGACGGGGGAGUUUCUUGUCUUCAACAAUGUUUAUCUUCAAAUCUGUGAAUAUGUCUUCGUGGCCGCGAUGACAUUCGAAUUGUUGGUCAAGGUCUGCGCAAAUGGAGUUUUCUUCACGCCAAAGGCGGUGGUUAGAGAUGUGGGUGGAGUCAUGACGAUUUUUAUUUAUAUUGUGAGUUGUAUUGCCUGGUAAUUGGGCUAAAUUUUGAUGUUAUCUCAAUAGUUGGAAAUUAAAAAUAGGACCAUUUAGAACAUACGGUCAUGUUUUGAUGAUUUUUUCAAAAUUUUCCAAAAAAAUGAAAAAAUUUCAGACAUCUGUUUGGUACUUGAUCUGGAUGCCAAAACACGUCGAAAUCAAUUCCUUCGCCCAGCUAUUGAUGAUCUUCCGAGCCAUGAGACCCCUCCGAAUCUACACCUUGGUCCCUCAUAUUCGACGCGUCGUUGUGGAACUCUGCAAAGGCUUCAAGGAGAUUAUUUUGGUCACCAUCCUCCUAGUCCUCCUCGUCUUUGUCUUUGCCUGUUUUGGAGUCCAAAUGGCCGGAGGAAAGUUGGCUGGCUGCAAUGAUAUUGCAAUCACAGAAAGGGAAAACUGCACCGGCUUCUUUGAACAGAAGAUUUUUGUGACGAGAAUGGAAGUGUACGGGAAGAAUCAUGACGAUUUACAUCCAAAGAUUCUGAUUCCAAGAGUGUGGGCGAAUCCCAGGAAUUUUAAUUUUGAUCAUAUUGGGAAUGCGAUGCUCUCCUUGUUCGAGACGCUGUCUUAUAAGGGCUGGAAUGUGAUCAGGGAUAUUCUGUGGAUCAGAUUGGGAGCGGUAAGAGGAAUUCUCGGUAUCAUAAACAUCUAUUAUGUAAAUUUUCCAAACUUUUAAUUUUUAUUUUUUUUUCUUUUGCUGCUUUGUUCUUAUACAGGGUGGUUCAGCCGAAGCUUCCAUCCUUAUUUCAAGUAUUUCUCCGCCGAUAAUGCACCAAUUUUUAUAAAAUUUAUAUCAAAUUGGAGCUGAGGUUCCCCAUUUUUUGUCCACCAAAUAUGACAGGCCCCAGUUCAAGAAUACCCCCGUACUGACCUUUGACAUUUUCAUUCCAAAUUUUGGGGCCCGAAAUCGGUGAAACUUAGAAAAUUUUUGGAAUGAUUUUCAAUUGAGUUUCUCGGACUUGGAAAAUAUUCGAGUCUUUGGCUAAAUAAGACAUUUAGAUGUAGGUGAAAAAAUUGACGGUCAACGGAAUACUCCUAAUUAAUCUGAAAGCAUCGCUCUUGUGUUCUGGGGUAAUAGGCUUCGUUAAUCGAAAUUUUAAAAAAUACGAACAAAUGGGCGAAACUGUCUAUGUGGAUGACGAAAUCCACCCUGAAGAUAAAUAACGAGUUGUAAGUCCUGGAUUGCCCGAGAAAAGAGCUUUCGUUUUCAAUCGCUCGAUUUGGUGCCGCGCCGGAUUGAAAUAUGCUUUUUAGGCACUUGCUACUUCUGUAAACCUUACCUUUUUUUAAAAAUUUUCAUCGAAUUUGGCGACUUUGUUUUUGCCGGAAAUCUUAAAAUUUUCCAAGUCCGAGAAACUCAAUUGAAAAUCAUUCCAAAAAUUUGCUAUGUUUCACCGAUUUCGGGCUCCAAAAUUUGGAAUGAAAAUGUCAAAGGUCAGUACGGGGGUAUCCUUGAACUUGGGCCUGUCAUAUUUGGUGGACAAAAAAUGGGGAACAUCAGCUUCAAUUUGGUAUAAAUUUUAUAAAAAUUGGUGCAUUAUCGGCGGAGAAAUACUUGAAAUAAGGAUGGAAGCUUCGGCUGAACCACCCUGUAGUUUUUAUAACGCCUUUAUCUAAAGUACGUCAUCCAUUUCAGUGGGCCGUAAUCUUCAUCCAUGUCUAUGUUUUCAUCGGCUGUAUGAUUGGAAUUACCCUUUUUGUGGGUGUUGUUGUUGCCAAUUACAUGGAGAACAGAGGCACGGCUCUUUUGACCGUCGAUCAGAGACGAUGGCACGAUCUGAAGGCCCGUCUUCGAAUGGCCCAGCCCCUUCAUGUCCCACCAAAACCGGGGGAAUCGGCAAAAUUACGGCGGAAAUUUUAUGAAUUGACCAUGGGAAGGAACUUCAAGCAGUUCUUUGUGAUCCUGGUGGUCAUAAAUUCGGCCACUCUUUUUGUUCCGUGGAAUGUGGAGGAGGAGAAAAUUCGGCCCACUCAUCUAUGGUUCUCCACUGUAAUUUCUGCCUUGUGCAAUGUGCUUUUUACGGUUGAGGUAAGCGAUAGAUUUUAGGGGAAUUUUGAGAAAUUUUUGAUCGAGAUUUUUUGGGGGUUUUUGAAAAAAUUUGAAGAAAAUCCUACUAUUUUUUGUGACUACUUUUUGCUUUCAGGUCCUGCUCAAGACCAUUGCUUUCACCGUCCGCGGGUUUUGGCAAAGCAAACGAAACCGAAUUGAUCUUCUGAUUACAAUCCUCGGAUGCUCUUGGAUCGCCACUCAUUUCGUAAUGGCCUUACCAGCAAAAGCCGUUAGCGAUAAUGCCCAGGGAACACUGAAACGUUACACUUACACCUUCGGGUAUAUGGUGGUCAUCAUGAGAUUCUUCACAAUUGCUGGCAGAAAGUCCACUUUGAAGAUGUUAAUGCUGACAGUUGUGAUGAGUAUGGUCCGAUCUCUGUUUAUUAUCACCGCUAUGUUCUUGUUGGUUCUGUUCUACGCAUAUGCGGGGGUGAUUUUAUUCGGAAUGGUCAAGUAUGGGCAGGCUGUUUCGAAGUGAGUUUUGUGGAUUUUGAUGAAAUAAGACAUUUUAAUUCGUUCUUUUCCAUUUUUUUUUCAAUUUUAUUAUUAUAUUUUUUUUCUAAAAAUCGAAAAGUUUCAGUUUUUCCUGUGAAUUACCGUAUAAACUGGAUUAUUUUUAGGCACGUCAACUUCCGGACCGGAUCAGAAGCCCUUGUCGUUCUGUUUCGCUCAGUAACAGGGGAAGAUUGGAAUGAUAUUAUGCAUGACUGUAUGAGAUCUCCACCCUUCUGUUACUGGGAAGAGGGGAUGGAUUAUUGGAAAACGGACUGCGGAAAUUAUUUUGGAGCUGUCAUCUACUUCUGCUCAUUUUACUUGAUCAUCACUUAUAUCGUCCUUAAUCUUCUUGUGGGUAAGGGAAAAAAAUUUUAAAAAACCUUGAAAUACAAUAAAAAAAAAUUUCGAAGUUACAAUUUAUUCGUAUUUUAGCUAUAAUUAUGGAGAAUUUCUCGCUGUUUUACUCGAGCGAGGAGGAUGCCUUGCUUUCUUAUGCCGAUAUAAGAAAUUUCCAGCAGGUUUGGAAUAUGGUUGAUGUGGAACAAAAGGUAGGUCGAUAUCAACAACCAAUCAUAAAAAUAAAAUUUUCAGCGGACAAUCCCAGUCCGAAGAGUCAAAUUCCUCCUCCGUUUGCUCCGAGGGCGAUUGGAAGUUGAUCCAAAUAAGGAUCGAUUGUUGUUCAAACAUAUGUGCUAUGAAAUGGAGAAAUUGAACAAUGGAGAUGAUGUCUCCUUCCAUGAUAUUCUGAAGUAAGCAGCAAUGCUAUUUACUGAAAUAAUUCUUAUCUCAGCAUGCUCUCCUAUCGAUCCGUUGACAUCCGAAAAAGCUUGCAAUUGGAGGAAUUGCUGCAAAGAGAAGAGCUGGAGUACAUAAUCGAGGAAGAAGUGGCCAAGCAGACCAUCAGAUCGUGGUUGGAAGGAUGCUUGCGGAGGAUCAAACAGGAGGAUGUUAGUCGUUUUGGAAUUGUUUAUGAGCAAGGCUUUACUUUAGUCAUCGUUUUUCGGUUAUCAAUAACGAUUUUUUUGCGCUGCUGAUGUGCUAAAUUUUCCAUUCUCAGAAUGGCAAAAAUAAUCACUUAUUUUGAAAAUCCGUUUUAUCUGUAGCAUUUUCCCGUCCAAAAUUAAAUAAAAAGUUGAUUUAACUUGACUUAUUUUAGAAGCACAGCUCGGACCAUAAUCUUCUUGCUCAACUUCGAUCCACGGUUGGCCAACCAAUCACAGCCCUAGGAACCGCCAGAGUCAGCCUCACUCCGGAGAAUUCAUCAAUAAAGACCCAUUUAUACAAUAAUGACGUCAAUUUGAGCCAGGAUAUUAAACUAGACUCAACAACUGAAGAGAUGGUCAAAAAAGUCUCAAAACGAAGGAGAAGCAGCAUCCCCGACCUUGUUGGAGUAAGUUUUCUGAUUAAUUAGGGGAAUAUUUUGAUUUUAGGAGGCUAAGAAGUUGGUCUGGGGGAAGAAUAAAACUCCAAAUCAAUCGACAGAUCGACCAACCGACACUUUGACCGCGAAUGAAUCAAAUUACUUUGACAAUAGGCAAAGAAGAUCUUCGUUUAGGAAAACCAACUCUCAGAAUCAGCUGAAUCUUGGACGAAGUGAUAAAAGAGCCACUUUGAAACAGCUUCAGGUAAGGAAAAUGAUUUUUGGGCAGAUUCGACUCCGUUUUUCCGCAAUCAAAUAAAUUUCUCAAUUAUCAGAUUUUCUUAAAAAUUUUGACAAGUCUUUUUUACAUAGGCCACAGGCCAUGUGUUAAACAAUGGCAUCAUUUUUAUUUUGUUGGGUUUGCUUGAGUUUUAGCCCCACAAAAUAAUGGAUGCCACAUUUUAAUUCCAACCUCUACAACAAGCUUAUGAAAAAGUUAAAUUUUAAAGUCAUUCUGUAACUUUUUUAGAUGCCAACCUACGAACUUCCAGAUGUGGAAGAAUGGGAGGAAGCGGAGGAUGGCCUCAGUCCCAACGAUCGUCGCCACUCCUUGGAAGCCGGGCUAGUCAAACAUCCGCUCUCGCAACUUUCUCGUCGUCCCUCUCAACUCAAGCAUCUACAAUCAGUUACGGAAGCCCAAUAUGCAAAUUUUUACUCUCAGACCGAUCAGACUUCAUCCACCGACAUCCAGAGUUGGUGGAAUGAUCUGGUCGACAAUUAG